GCCGCGAAGGCGGCGCCGCCGCGCAGCGAGCAGCCGGGCAGGGAUGCGCGGCGCCAGCCGGCGGGCCGCAGGCGCCCGCUCCGACUACGCCGACGCGGACGAGGACGAGCGCUGGCUCCGCGGCCACUUCUCGCUGCCGCCCCGGCGCGGCCCCGCCGCCGCCGGGCCCGCGGCAGGCGAGCCGGAGGGCGGGCUCGAGGGCCACGUGCUGGCUCUGGGGGAGGUUGUGCUGCAGAACGACGUGCACCUCCGGCAGAUGCUCGCAGACCUGGAGGCGGACCCGGCGAAGCUGCGGGGCCUGGCGGAGGACCCGAGAACGCCGCCCUGGCGGCGCAGGGCGGCGAAGCGCGCUCGGAGGCCUCCGAGCUCGCCGCGGCGCGCCAGCGCCUGGAGCGGGAGGCGCAGAGGGCCCGGCGGCAGGUCGAGGAGACCUCUCCGACGAGCGCGAGGUCCUCCUGGCGCGCCUGCGUGCCGCAGAGGAGAGCGCGAGGAGCGGGCGCGCGGGGCUGCCGACGCCGCCGCGCGCGCACUGGACCUGGAACGCAUCAAGGGCGAGGAGGCCCGGCGCACGGCCGAGAGUGCGCAGGAGCGGUGCCGCCGGAAGGCGCAGUGCGCCGAGGACGGCGCGCGGCGGCGGCCAUGCGCGAGGUGUCCCGGCUGGAGGCCUCCGGCGCGGCCACGCGCGCGGAGGCCGCCCGGGCCGCGGAGGAGGCGGCGCAGGGGCAGCAGCGCGCCGCGCUGCUGGAGGCGAGCCUGGGCGAGGUGCUGGAGCGCCAGCGGGCCACCGCCAGCCGCGAGCGGGAGGCGACGCAGCGCCUCGCCUCCGUACGAUCCGAGCGGGACGAGCUGCUGGCCGCCGAGGAGGCCACCCGCUCGGAGCUGGUGGACAGCGAGCGCCACGCCGAGGAGACGGAGCGCAAGGCUCAUGGCGUUGCCCGUGAGCUCGUGGAGACGACGGAGGCCAUCUCGCGCCUCCGUGCGGAGGCAACCGCGCAGCCGCUGCUGCAGCAGGAGUUGGAAGAGGCGCUGCGGGAGGAAGGCGCGCUGGAACACAGGCUGGAGGCGCGCUGGCGGGAGGCGCGGCAGGGUCCCGAGGCCGCCGCGUCGCCCCGGCUGCGCGGCGCCUCGGCGGCCUCGGCGGCCGAGCAGGAGCUGCGGCGGCUGCGCUCGUCGCAGGAGCGGGCGGAGAACGAGGCCCUCCGCGAGGCCUGGGAGGCCGCCUCGCGCGAGCGGCGGGAGACCGAGGCGAAGCUGGCCGCGCUGCAGGCGGACUGGCUGCCGCUGCGGGAGGUGCUCGUGCGGCUCACGACGGGCGCGCACCGCUGGCGCGGCGGGCUCUUCGCCGUCGGCGAGGCCGGCAAGAGGACCGACGGCGCACUCCGCUCUGGUGCCGCCACCGCCCGCGGAGUCGGCCUGGAGUUGCGACGCGGACCUGCCGGAGGUGGUCCGGGCUCUCUGCGAUUCCCUCGAGGCGAUGUCCGUAGAGAGCAUGCGCGACUUGGCGGAGAGAAG